AUGCUUCGCUCGCGCGCCGCUACUGCCAUCGCCCGCACGCAGGCUCGCCCCGUGCAGGGCCGCCUCGUCCUGCGCGGGUUCGCGAGCACUCCUGCCUUCGCCGAGGAGACGCCCCUGUACGACUUCAACGUUUCUCGCGGCGGCAAGAUGGUCCCCUUUGCGGGCUUCUCCAUGCCGCUGAGCUACGGCGACGUCGGCCAGGUCACGGCACACAAGCACGUUCGCUCCGACGCCGGUCUCUUCGACGUCUCCCACAUGCUGCAGCACAUCUUCUCCGGCCCGGGUGCGACGGCCUUCCUCGAGUCUCUCACCCCCACUGCCCUCUCGGCGCUGCCCGAGCACGGCUCUUCGCUCACCGUCCUGCUCAAUGACGAGGGGGGCAUCAUCGACGACAGCAUCAUGACGCGCCACCCGAAUGGCGCAUGGUACGUUGUCACGAACGCGGGCCGCAUCGACGAGGACGUGGCGCACAUCAAGAAGGAGCUGGAGAAGUGGGAGAAGGACCACCCCGACCAAAAGGUCGAGUGGAAGACACUCGACGGGUACGGCCUCGUCGCGCUCCAGGGCCCCAAGGCCGCCGAGGAGCUGCAGAAACUCACCGACUAUGACCUCUCCACGCUCAAGUUUGGGCAGAGCACUUAUGCCAAUGUCGGCAAGGACAAGGUCCGCUGCCACAUUGCCCGUGGAGGGUACACGGGCGAGGAUGGGUUUGAGCAGAUCUCGAUCCCGCCCGAGGCCGCCGUCGCGCUGACCGAGGAGAUCACGGCCCUCCCCUCCGUCGAGCUGAUCGGUCUUGGAGCGCGCGACUCUCUGCGUCUGGAAGCCGGUAUGUGUCUGUACGGACACGACCUGAACGAGUCCAUCUCGCCGAUCGAGGGUGCGCUGGCCUGGCUGGUGAGCAAGGACCGCCGCACUCCGGGGGGAAUGAAGGGGUCAGACCGCAUCCUGCGCGAACUGAAGGAAGGGCCCGCGCGCCGCCGCGUGGGCUUGGAGAUCAAGGGCAGUCCCGCGCGCGAAGGGUCCAAGAUCUUCGACACGGAGGGCAACGAGAUUGGCGUCGUCACGAGUGGAAUCCCCAGUCCGACGCUCGGCACGAAUAUUGCCACGAAUAUUGCCAUGGGAUACGUCAAGAACGGAAGCCAUAAGAAGGGCACCCCCCUCAAGGUCGAGGUGAGGAAGAAGUUGCGCGACGCCACGGUGCGCCCGAUGCCCUUCGUGCCGGCCAAGUACUACAAGUAG